CAAUCUUGUGUCUCUUUUAUAUCAAUAGAAUAGAAAAUACUUUUUGAUAGUUUUAACAUUGCCAAGAAUUUAAGGCGCACACCUAAAUCUAAUUACACCUGUUGGCUGGACAUUUAAAAACUCGUCCUGAUCGCGAGCCUUUGGGGGUGCUUUAUUGACAAUAACAAUAAUUACACAAACGAUGUAAGUGGUGGCUUAUUAAAUUCCCUGUCAAUACCUAUCUACAAUUUUCAUUCGGAAAGUGACGUCUUCAAGUCAUAAAAUUUCGUAAAGCGUGGUGUUGCUUAGAUACAAGAUGCCAAAUCUGCUUUUCGGGUCACUGAGAAAAAUUUCACCCAAUCGUAUCGUUCGAUAGAAAAAUACCCGCAUCUUGAUCAAGUAAACGUUUUAAUUUCGGUGUAAAAGGCAGAAUUUGUUACAAUAGAUUUUCGGGAUUUCUGUUUUAUACAUGUGCACGAGGAAUGUAACCAUUAUAGGUAUUUUCGCAAGGGAUUUUAUUUCAGUGUCAGCAUGUGAAAAAUCUAAGCGCGGGAUCGCUUAAUAGACCUUCAAAAAUGCAAGGAAGGUUUCGUAGUAUACAACGAAUUUUCAUUUUCCACAUAGCAUGUGUAUUGUUAUCAGAAAUUGAUGUGACUGCAGGCCAAUGUAACUGUUCGACUGAUUGUGUGACGAGCUGUGCUGCGGGACAGUACUUCGACAGCGUCACAUCAACAUGCAUCAAUUGUCUGCCUGGCCAUUAUUGUUUAGGAGGAUCCAACAGCAUGUCAACAUGUGCUGCAGGUACAGCCAACCCAAGCGCUGGAUCCUCCUCCUCUAGUGCUUGUGUGGCCUGUAAUUCUGACGAGAUCAGUGCUGCAGGGGCAUCUGCCUGUACAAAAUGUCCAGCGGGAUUUAGCUGUUCUUCUCUGACCACCCAAUCAGCAUGCGGUGCCCAAACUUACUCACUGGAAGGGGAGACAACUUGUACUUCUUGUCCUGCUGGAUCAAUAUGUCCAACUACAAACCAGGCUCCACAGGACUGCCCUGCUGGUAAAGAACCGAAUGCCGGACAGACGGCGUGUACAGACUGUUCAUCAGGAAGCUACAGUUCUGUCUCAGACACUUCAUGUCAAACAUGUCCUAUAGGAUCCAAAUGCCCCACAAGCGGCAUGACUGCCCACAUUGUAUGUCCAUCAGGAGAGUACCAGACAAGCAGUGGUCAGACUUCCUGUUCAGCAUGUUCAACUGGACAUGAGUGUUCGAAUCCCACCGUGGCUCCUGUUCAGUGUGGUGCUGGUUUCUACGCUCCCUCCAAUUCUGUCAACUGUACACCAUGUGCAGCAGGCACAUUUAGCAAUACUGCAGGCUCCAGUUCAUGUUCUGAGUGUCCAGUGGGCAAAGAUUGCUCCAACCCGGCCCUGACUCCCACAGAUUGCCCUGCAGGGACCUAUAGUGCCCUGAAUGUGUCUGCCUGUACUCCAUGUCCUGCAGGGCAUUACAGCACUGCAGGGUCAGGCAGUUGUACAGUUUGCCCUGGUGGCAAGAAUUGCUCUAGUAGUGUUGGUGUUCCAUCUGAUUGUCCAGAAAUGACCUACAGCACUGUGGGCAGUGGUGGCUGUACGGCUUGUAGUCCAGGAUACUACAGUGCAGCUGGAUCUGGGAGCUGUACAAUCUGUCCAUCAGGGAAAUCGUGUCAAACAGCCACACCAAGCAACUGUCCCCCAGGAUCCUACAGUGGGGAAGGAGAUGGGGUGUGCAUAAACUGUGCUGUAGGAUAUUACAGCAGUGGUGUCGGUGCUUCCUCCUGCACAGUGUGUGGUGCAGGAAUGUCUUGUAACACCAACUCCAGCCAGCCUUGUAGUGCGGGUACAUUCGGUGUAGAGGGAGAGAUGAGCUGUCGGCCGUGUCCGAGUGGUCAGUACAGCGAGUCUGGGGCCAGUAACUGUAGUGUAUGUCCUGGUGGUAAAGACUGCAACAGUUCAGUAGGUGUUCCCUCCGAGUGUUUGGCUGGUCAGUACAGUGUACAGGGAGAUGCUGGAUGUACCAACUGUCCCACAGGGAUGUACAGCACUCCAGGUUCCAGUUCAUGUUCAGAAUGUCCAGUGGGCAAAGAUUGCUCCAACCCGGCCCUGACUCCCACAGAUUGCCCUGCAGGGACCUAUAGUGCCCUGAAUGUGUCUGCCUGUACUCCAUGUCCUGCAGGGCAUUACAGCACUGCAGGGUCAGGCAGUUGUACAGUUUGCCCUGGUGGCAAGAAUUGCUCUAGUAGUGUUGGUGUUCCAUCUGAUUGUCCAGAAAUGACCUACAGCACUGUGGGCAGUGGUGGCUGUACGGCUUGUAGUCCAGGAUACUACAGUGCAGCUGGAUCCGGGAGCUGUACAAUCUGUCCAUCAGGGAAAUCGUGUCAAACAGCCACACCAAGCAACUGUCCCCCAGGAUCCUACAGUGGGGAAGGAGAUGGGAUGUGCACAAACUGUGCUGUAGGAUAUUACAGCAGUGGUGUCGGUGCUUCCUCCUGCACAGUGUGUGGUGCAGGAAUGUCUUGUAACACCAACUCCAGCCAGCCUUGUAGUGCGGGUACAUUCGGUGUAGAGGGAGAGAUGAGCUGUCGGCCGUGUCCGAGUGGUCAGUACAGCGAGUCUGGGGCCAGUAACUGUAGUGUUUGUCCUGGUGGUAAAGACUGCAUCAGUUCAGCAGGUGUUCCCUCCGAGUGUUUGGCUGGUCAGUACAGUGUACAGGGAGAUGCUGGAUGUACCAACUGUCCCACAGGUUUCUACAGCGCAGCUGGUGCAGUGAGCUGCACACAAUGCUCAGCGGGACACUUCUGCUCAUCCACCACGGAAACAAAUUGUGGUGCCACCAAAUACAGCAGUGCAGGAGCCACCUUGUGCAGUGAUUGCCCAGCAGGAUUUUCGUGUCCAGGUCCCACCACCUCUAGCCCUACUCAGUGUCUGGCUGGGACGUAUUCAGGAUCAGCAGCCUCCUCCUGUACAAGCUGUGACAAGGGACACCAGUGUCCAGUGAAUGGAAUGACCGCCCCAGAGGCGUGCGGGAAUGGAACGUAUGCUCCCUCAGCUGGUGCUACUGCCUGCUCACCCUGUCCUGCUGGCCAGAAAUGCACUGAUGUAACUGCAGCAGCCAUUGACUGUGUGCAAGGAAAGUACAGUCCUGAGGGCUCCUCUUAUUGCUACGACUGUCUGGACGGUUGGUAUGCAGAUUCACUGAAAUCAACAUCAUGUACAGAAUGUCCUGCAGGAUCAGCAUGUCCCACCAAGAACACGGUACCAUCAUCGUGUGGACCAGGAGAAUAUAGUUCUGCUGGCCAGACAUCCUGUACUCAAUGUGCUGUGGGGACCUACAAAACAGGAAGUGGAGCAGGCAGCUGUACCGCGUGUGAGGCAGGCUACGAGUGUCCUACAACUACCGCAAGAACUGCCUGCAACAGUGGUUACUACUCGCUGGGAGGAAACACAGCCUGUAUUCCCUGCCCUGGGGGGUAUUCAUGUGCCAGUACCAGCUCCAGCCCUGUGUUAUGUACAGCAGGAAAUUAUGCCAACAAUGCCAGCGCAAGCUGUAAGCCCUGUGCUGCCGGAUAUUACUGUCCGACAGAUAGCAUGUCAGAACCCUUGGCUUGUCCGACAGGCUACUACCAAACCAGUACAGGCCAGACCAGUUGUACAGAGUGUGCACAAGGUUACAAAUGUUCGAAUAAGACUGUAACACAGGAAGCUUGUCCCGUAGGAGAGUAUCAAGAUGGCAGGGGAAUGGAGUCCUGUAAAUCUUGUCCCACAGGUUACUAUGCUGACACAACAGGAAAAGCGACCUGUACCAUUUGUCCCGCUGGGUCCAGCUGUUCUGACCCCACUGUAGCCCCUGUGGCCUGUCCCAGUGGUCAGUAUUCCCUGGCUGGUGCCACGUCCUGUACCACAUGUCCAGCUGGAUCUGCAUGUUUAGCAGGAACUGAGACAGCUUGCACGAAUGGCCAAUACACCAAUGGAACUCACUGUUUGGACUGUCCAGCGGGAACCUACUGUGCCUCUCCCACUUUGGGCAGUGUGGUUUGUAGUAAUGGUCAAUACCAGUCCAGCACUGGCCAGACUUCCUGUAUUCAGUGCCCCAGUGGUCAAUCUUGUCUGGAUAAAACAGCCACUCCUGUAGAUUGUGCUGCAGGGACUUUCAGCUUGGCUGGACAGGAAACUUGCACGGCGUGCCCCAAUGGUUACUACAGUAGUGUUAAGGCUGGCUCCUGUUCUCAAUGCCCAGGUGGACAAAAAUGUUUCGAUGGAUCAAACUUCAUAAGCCCAACUAACUGCAAUUCAGGGUACUACAGUGCUUUGGGACAGACGGAAUGUACAACCUGUGGACCAGGAUAUACCAGCAGCGCAGGGGCCUCUGCCUGUUCUCAGUGUUCAGCCGGAUUUCAGUGUCUGGAUCCAACAACUCCAGUUGCAUGUUCAUCAGGGUAUUACAGUCUCUCUGGAAAGACAACUUCGUGUACCCAAUGUCCAGCCGGAUUUUCCUGUAGUGCGAACAAUGUUUCCCCUGUGCCCUGUCCCAGUGGGACUUACUCCAGUGCUGGACAAACAUCCUGUACAUCGUGUCCUGCGGGUCAGUCCUGUGACUCGGGCUCACCCACCAGCUGCGGAACGGGAUAUUACAGUCCUUCAGGUUCUGGAUGCAGUAUUUGCCCGGCGGGUUCCGAGUGCAGUGGUAGCACAGCAACUCUGUGUAGUUCCGGAUACUACAGUCUGGCUGGAGAGAUGAACUGCACAAAAUGUCCAGCUGGCAAAAUGUGUCCUUUCCCCUCCAUUUCCCCCAUCAACUGUCCCAGCGGGACACACACUCAGAACCUGGAGGGGCAGACCACGUGCACCGACUGUCAGGCAGGAUUUUAUUGCCCAGCUAAUGCACCAGACCAGACUGCAUGUGCUGCUGGAGAAUAUUCCUUGGUAAAAUCCACUUCCUGUACAACUUGUCCAGCUGGUUAUUCUUGUGCUACCACUUCUGCUGCCCCUGUUGUGUGUGCAGCAGGCACCUACUCACUAGGGGGCACUACCAGUUGUUCAAACUGUGAUCCAGGUUAUGCCUGUCCAUCCACGUCAUCUCUUACCAACAAAUAUCAGUGUCCUUCAGGGAGUUAUUCCACUGGUUCCCAGUCCUCCUGCACCCUCUGUCCUGCCGGUAAAGCUUGUCCAGAUACAACAGCAAGCACCCAGAAUACAUGUGGGACUGGAGAGUAUGCGUUUGCAGGAUCUGCUACUUGCACUGCAUGUCCAGCUGGCUGGGAGUGUCCAAAUGUGGACGGAAGUCAGAAUGCCCAGUGUCUGCCUGGUACCUACUCAAUAGGAAGUCAGAUAUCCUGUACCCAGUGUCCAGCUGGUCAGGCCUGCCCUCUAACAAACAGUGCCUCCAGCAUCACCUGCAGCGCAGGCUCGUAUGCGGUAGCUGGAAGCACCAGCUGUACAGUGUGCCCACCUGGAUAUGAAUGUCCGUCUACCACAACUGCCACAGAGAAUAUAUGCACCGAUGGUACUUACAGUGAUGGAGGGAAAGCUGCCUGUGUGACAUGCACCGCGGGUUAUGAGUGUCCGACUAUUUAUGAUAGUUACUCUGUGGUAUGUGCUGCUGGCUAUUAUUCCCUAGCUGGAGCCAAGGCAUGCACUGUAUGUCCAGCUGGGGAUGAGUGCUCUUCCACGACAGCGGCAGGAACAGGAUGUACAACUGGGUAUUACAGUCUGGGUGGACAGACCUCCUGCACUCAAUGCCCUGCUGGAUACUACUGUGCCAAUAAUAACCAGAAACCAGUCAUAUGUGCUGUUGGAAAAUACAGUGCUGCAGGAGCUACUACUUGCACUGACUGUGAUGCUGGGUUUUUCUGUCCUGCUGGAAGUACUCGGAAAGACCCCCCUACAGCCAUCUGUUCAUUGGGAUACUAUUGCACAGCAGGGGCAACAGUUGAAACACCUUGUGAUAUGGGAACCUAUGGUUCAACAGAGGGACUUACAGCAGCAACAGACUGUCCGGACUGCCCUCAAGGAUUUUAUUGUCCUGCAGGAACAGCUGGUGUUCCAACCAACAGUCUUCUGUGUCCAAGAGGACAUUAUUGCCCAACUAAAACUGGUGAUUACAAGGCCACUCCAUGUCCACAUGGCAAGUUCUACAAUAAUCUUGGAGCAGUUGUUGCAACUGAAUGUAUUGAUUGUCCUGCAGGAAGGUACUGCCCGCCAGGUACUGAUGAUCCCAUGUAUGAUGGUUAUAUUUGCCCCCGAGGAUCUUAUUGCCCCCAAGGCUCGGGAACAGCUCCAAUAAAUUGCCCAGCAGGCAAAUACACAGAGGAAGAAGGAGCAAUUGGAUUGCAGAGCUGCAAGUCUUGCCCUGCUGGACAUUACUGUGAAGCUGGAACACACACACCAACUGGAUGUAGUCCAGGGACGUUUAAUGAAUACACAGAGAGGGGAGCAUCUACUGACUGCCAACCGUGUAUUGCAGGACAAGCCUGUACUAAACAUGGCCUGGCAAAACCAGACUAUCCAUGUUCUCCUGGAUAUUAUUGUCCUGGGGGAAACCAUUUACCAAACCAACCAGAGUAUGCCUGUCCAGCUGGUACGUUUACUGACUUCAAGAACCUGACCGCACAAUCUCAGUGUGAGACCUGCAGAUCCACUAAGGCCUGCCUUGUCGGAACAGGUGGACAGCAAAAACCGCCGGUUCCUUGUGGCCAGGGCCACUUCUGUCCGGAUGGUACAGCUUCACCAACCCAGUACCCUUGUCCUGCAGGAACCUACACCAACCUGACCAAUCUCUACAAGGUGGAACAGUGCACUGUGUGUCCCCGGGGCUGGUACUGUUUGGAGGGGUCGGCCACACCCACUGGUCUGUGUGACAAGGGGCAUUGGUGUCCAGAUGGUACCCCAAGUGCCACCUCCAAUCCAUGCCAUGCCGGGUCCUACAGUAACAAGACUGGGAACACGGCCUGGGAGCAGUGUGACGAUUGUCCAGAGGGUCACUACUGUCCACAGGCCUCAGUACUGCCCACUGCCUGCCCAGCUGGUAAAUAUAAUGAUCAGAUCAAAGGAGAGAACAUCACUUAUUGUGUGGACUGUACUGCUGGGUACUAUUGUCCUGGGACUGGGAAUGUAAACCCCAUUAUAUGUGACAAGGGGAACUACUCUGACAGUGGAGCCUCAGCCUGUACCACAUGUGAGGCAGGAUAUUACUGUGAUCUGAAUGCCACCAGUAUGACCUACAUGUACAGUGAUCGGAUAUGUCCAGCUGGUCUGGAGUGUCCACCAGGGAUGACCAAGGCUCCUAAUCUUGUCCAAGACAAAUGUCGAAAAGGUCACUACUGUCCAAAGGGAGAUGUUAAUCCCUACCCAGUUCCUUGUCCGAAUGGAACAUUUAAUGCUGAGUAUGGUCUGAAACAGGUGUCUGAGUGUCAGCAGUGUACACCUGGAAUGUACUGUAUUCCUGAGGGGUUGUCUGCCCCUGCAGGGGAUUGUCCCGGAGGAUAUUACUGCCCUCUUGGUACAGCUGCACCAGAGUCCUACCCUUGCCCCAUUGGAUUUUACAGAAAUGGAUCAGCUAAGGAGUCAUUCCAGGACUGUGCCGAGUGUAUAUCUGGUUAUUAUUGUGACAGAGAGGGGCUAGCUAUUCCCAUUGAUUGCCCAGCGGGUUCUUUCUGUGUUAGUGGAAGCACCUUCCCACAACCCUGCGCACUGGGAACAUACAGCAAUUCUACAGGUCUGCGUAGAAGUACUGACUGCACCCCGUGCCCCGGGGGUUACUUCUGUGACGGUAUUGGACGAACUGCUCCGACAGACGUGUGUGAUCCUGGAUUCUACUGUAGAGAAAAAGCCUACUCCUCGGCUCCACCAGAUGGCCUCACUGGAGGACUUUGCCCUGCUGGAGGAUACUGUCCAGCUGGGUCUGCCACUCCUUCUGCAUGUCCUGUUGGGGAGUACAGUAAAAGUGCUGGAGCCAAGACUAAAUUUGACUGUAUUCCAUGCGAUCCUGGAUAUUACUGUGCUGGUUCUAGUAGCACUGCAGCCUCAUCCUUGUGUGCAGCAGGAUUUUAUUGUACAGGUGGAUCAGGAGUCCCAACCCAGUAUUCCACACCAGCUGGUCACUAUACCAAAGAGGGGGCCUUCAAGCCAGAACCCUGCCCAGCCGGUCAGUUCCAGCUUGCCGAACAGUCUUCACAAUGCGACCUAUGCAGUCAAGGAUACUACUGUAAUGGGACUGGUACAGUUGAUCAGAUUCUCUGUCCCCGAGGAUACUAUUGUCCUGAGGGCAGCAGCUAUCCUACACCUUGUCCUCGAGGUACGUUCUUGAAGGACACAGGGAAGUACGAGGAGAACCACUGUGAUCCGUGCACCACUGGGUAUGCCUGUGAUUCUGUGGGACUUCCUGAUGCUGUGACGCAGUGCUCUGCUGGUCACUACUGUACGUUAGGAUCUAACAUGACUGAUCCCAUUGGACAAACAUUUGGUGACCUCUGUCCUCCUGGAUACUACUGCCCUGAAGGUACAGGAGAUUAUCAGCAUUUCCCUUGUGCAAAUGGAACAUACAGUGCUUACACAGGAAACAUGGGAGAGAGUAACUGCACUGCCUGUGACGGAGGUAAGGCGUGUGUCGGUCCAGGUUUGACUGCCCCCAACAGGAACUGUACUGCUGGGUACUACUGUAAAUCGGGGGCCUAUUCGGACACACCCAUGGAUGGAGGAGCUACAGGUGACCCCUGCACGAAGGGUCACUACUGCCCCGAGGGAACUAGCACCCCAUUAGCCUGUCCAGCAGGGUCCUACAUGAACACCACAGGGUACUCCUACUGUUUCGACUGCCCAGCAGGGUAUUUCUGUGUUUCAGGAGAGGUGGACCCACUGAGAUGCCCCAGGGGUAGAUAUUGUCCUGGCAACACCACAGCUGACCAGCCUCCAUGUCCUACAGGCACAUACAACCCUGAUUAUGGAAUGACCCAGGAAUCUAACUGCCUGCCUUGUUCUGGAGGAUUCUAUUGUUACAAACUUGGUGCCAUUAAUUUCGACUUCAGUUUGAAUGACACAGGAACAGGGCAAUGUGCUGCAGGCUACUACUGCAAGUCAGGUGUAAAUGUCAGCACCCCCACCGCUGCCACUACGAGUGGUAUAGGAGGUCCCUGUCCACCGGGCUUCUACUGUCCAGUACAGACAGAGGACCCACUACCUUGUCCCAACGGAACUUACAGAGAUGUACCUCAGGGAGAGAAGAAAGAUGACUGCUUGCCAUGUAAGCUGGGACACUACUGUGGAUCAGAGAAUCUGACUGACUCUACGGGACCAUGUGCCCAAGGAUUCUACUGCCUCAGAGGAAACAAUGUGCCUACUCCACUUGGAGAUGAGCCAGAUAUAGGGGGACCUUGUCCAGUAUCCCGAUACUGUCCUGAGGGUACGUCCACUCCCCUGGGCUGUCCUGCAGGAACAUAUAACAAUCUGACCGGGCAGUGGAACUGUACGGAGUGUCCAGCCAGCUACUACUGUAACGAAAAUACAACCUCCUUUGAAACGUUCCUUUGUCCCACUGGAUAUUACUGUCCCAAUGGAACCAAGCAUGCAUAUGAAUAUCCGUGUCCCAAGGGAACGUACCGUGACACAGCGAUGGGACAGAGCGAGUCCGAUUGCCUCCCUUGUACGGGUGGUAACUACUGUGGAACACAGGGCCUCAGUGCUGUGUCGGGACAGUGUUCAGCAGGGUACUUCUGUGUCCUUGGAGCCUGGUCAACCACUCCCACAGAUUACAACAACUUUACAUCAGGGGACUGUCUCUGUCCAGCUAACAGCACGGGAGGCAUAUGUCAGCCUGGGUACUACUGCCCAACAGGGUCCAUGGAGCCCACUGUGUGUGAUGAAGGAUACUACUGCAACACACCUGGUUUGGCAGCCACUGCUGGCCAGUGCCAGGCAGGGUACUACUGUGCUGGACGGGCUGACCGAGCGGAUCCUACUGAUGGAGUGACGGGAGAUAUCUGUCCACCAGGCCGAUACUGCGGAGUUGGAACCACAAGCAAUCAACCAAAAUGUCCAACAGGCACCUUUUCGAACAAGACAGGAAAUACUUUGUCAUCAGAUUGUACACUAUGUACACAGGGCUACUACUGUCAGAAUGAGGGCUUGACACAGCCCACUGGGCCAUGUGAUGAAGGCUACUACUGUCCAACUGGCCAGAAUACCAGUAACCCUUUCGUUUGUUCUGCUGGGUUCUACUGUCCAACAGGAAGUUUCGAACAGAUCAAAUGUCCGUCUGGUCAAUAUCAAGAUCAGCAAGGACAGUCCUCCUGUAAAACAUGUCCAGCAGGCUAUUAUUGUGACAUUGUGAACUCCCCUGUUACCAUUUACUCCCCGUACCCCUGCCCAGCGGGCCAUUACUGUCCCAAUGGUACCGAGUCCAGCACUCAGUAUAAAUGCCCAGUGGGAACUUACAACCCCUACACCAAACUGCAGGAUAUCUCAGAGUGUACUUCAUGUGAUGCCGGGAAGUAUUGUGGAUCCGCUGGGCUCACUACGGUUACAGGUGAAUGUUUGGCCCAGUACUGGUGUAUUAAUGGCUCCUCCACAUCCACACCGACGGAUGGAGUCACUGGUCAGCUGUGUCCUGCUGGACGUUACUGUGUACAGGGGACCUCAGUCCCAGAUCAGUGUCCAAUUGGUACCUGGUCCAACAGCACUGGACUAGCACUGGCUGCAGAAUGUACAGACUGCUCAGGAGGGCAAUACUGUGACACACAAGGUCUGACAUCACCUACAGGGCCAUGUGCUGCCGGGUACUACUGCUCAGGAAAAUCAAUAUCUGCCACCCCCAAUGACACAACUACUGGAAACCCAUGUACAGUAGGACAUUACUGCCCAGAGGGUACUGCUGUACCAGUGCCCUGUCCUGAUGGCAAGUACAUGACCAACACUGGGGCUGCUGAAUGCUGGAACUGCACACCAGGGCAUUAUUGUAUUACCGGUCUGACUCCUGAUGAUUGUCCACCUGGGUAUUACUGCCCUGAGGGCACUGGACAAGUCUGGGAAUCUUGCCCCCUUGGAACAUUCAGUUCUUCCAUGGGUCUGUGGAAUGCAGAUAACUGUACACAGUGUACUGGAGGAUGGUAUUGUGAUAAGCUAAAUGCCACAACAGUUGCUGGUAAAUGUAAUGCUGGAUACUACUGUACCUCCGGAUCAAACACACCAUCACCUGAUGUCAACAACACUGGAGUCGCUGGACCAUGUCCAACGGGUCACUACUGUCCUCAGCAGACCACAACACCUCAACCAUGUCCACAAGGAACCUUCAACAACCAGACCAAAUUGACACUGCAAACAGAAUGUACGCAUUGUUCUUAUGGGAAAUACUGUGGUUCCACAGGCCUCACAGAGCCUUCAGGAGACUGUUCGGCUGGAUUCUACUGUUUAGAGGGAGCCCAGUCUCCUAACAACCCAGUGGUAGACUCCACAGGAGGACCAUGUCCCAUAGGAAGCUACUGUCCCAAUGGAACAUCAUACCCACUGGGUUGUCCUGCAGGAACUUACAGUUCAUCUACUGGCCUGGCUGAAUGUAUACAGUGUCCAGCUGGUUAUUACUGUCCAGAGAAUUCCACUACCUAUCUAGGAAAUGAUUGCCCCAAUGGCCAUUACUGCAUGGCAGGAACUGGUAGCAUGUACCAAUAUGCAUGCAGUAUAGGGACUUAUAAUAACUACACAGGCAAGCAGUCCAGUGCUGACUGUGUUCCAUGUGAUCCUGGUAAAUACUGUGCCACACCCGGACUGCCCCUCCCCACUGGGGAUUGUAUGGCAGGCUGGUACUGUGUAAGGGGAGCAUGGUCGAACCAACCCACCGACAUCACCACCUUUAACUAUACCAUGUCUUCCUGUUUCUGUCCAGUCAACCAAACAGGAGGGAAGUGUCAACCAGGAGAAUUCUGUCCAGCUGGAUCAGACCAGCCUCAGUCGUGCACUCCAGGAUACUACUGUGGCUCUUCUGGUUUGACCAAUGUGACGGGGCCAUGUGAUGCAGGCUACUACUGCACUUUGGGAGCCACACGAUCUGACCCACAGAAUGACGCCUCUGGUGGUACCUGUCCAACUGGUUACUACUGCCCCCAGGGAACUGCCGUCCCACAGGGCUGUCCUCCAGGCUAUUUUACCAAUGCAACUGGAAAUGUGGACUUCUCAGGAUGUAAACUUUGCACAGAAGGGAACUAUUGCGAGACAACGGGCUUGUCAGCACCCACUGGUCCCUGUGCUGUUGGGUACUACUGUCCUGCCGGUCAGAAUGUCAGUAACCCCACAGCCUACACGUGUACCCCUGGUCACUACUGUCCAGCUGGAAGCCCUUCGGAAGUAUCCUGCCCCUCAGGUUCAUACCAAAAUGAAGUGGGACAGGGAACCUGCAAGAACUGCCCAGAGGGCUACUUCUGUGAUGGCACUAUACAAAACAGCACUUUCUGCUCAACUGGUGUCCAGAACCCAACACCCUGUCAACCAGGCUACUACUGUCCUAAUGGAACCAAGUACUCCUCCGAGUUUGGCUGUCCAAAUGGUACCUACAGUGACCAAUCUCUUCUGAAGUCAGCCAGUGAUUGUAUUACCUGCCCUGGAGGGAAGUUCUGUGGACAGGAAGGACUAUCAGCACCCUCAGGAGACUGCCAUGGUGGAUAUGUCUGCAUACAGGGAGCCUCCACUGCCACACCCACAGAUGGCACUACUGGCAAGAUAUGUAAUGCUGGGGCCUACUGUCCGGUGGGGUCUAAUAGCACCACGCUAUGUCCUCCAGGGACAUUCAGCCCAACACAAGGUCUUCAGUACCUAUCUGAGUGUACUGGAUGUACUCCAGGGAUGUUUUGUCCCAACUACGGAAUGACUGCUCCACAAGGAAACUGCUCAGCUCAGUAUUACUGUGCAGGCAAUGCCACCACAGCCACACCGAAUGAUGGAGUCACCGGCAAUGUUUGUCCAAUCGGUCAUUACUGUCCAGAGGGGACUCCCACUGCCAUCCCAUGUGAUCCAGGGUAUUAUACAGACACUACUCUGAAUUCUGUGUGUCAAAUCUGUCCAGCUGGUAGAUACUGCACCACAGGAUCAAGUCCUCAGGCCUGUCCAGCUGGGUUCUAUUGUCCCGAGGGGACUGGACAUGUUUGGCAAACUUGCCCAGCUGGUACCUUCAACCCAAGUACAGGACUGUCCAAUGUAACUGAAUGUACCCAAUGUACGGGAGGAUUCUAUUGUGAUGUGACCAAUCUGACCGCAGUGGCUGGUCCAUGUGCUGCUGGUUACUUCUGCAGAAGUGGCUCUGAUGAUGAGACGCCCAGCGGUUCCACAUCUGGUGAUGCUGGGCCUUGCCCCAUUGGACAUUACUGUACACUUCAGACACAGGACCCAAUCCAGUGUCCAGCUGGAACGUUCAACAAUCGGACUAUGCUCCAGGCAGAAUCCGAGUGCCAACAGUGCACACCUGGAUAUUACUGUGAUGUUCCAGGUCUGGAGUACCCUACUGGAAUCUGUAAUCCUGGAUUCUUUUGUGCUGGUGGGUCCAAUUCAUCAAGUCCCCCUAGCACUGAUUCCACUGGUGGACCAUGUCCAGCUGGAACUUAUUGUCCAGCAGGAUCCAGUAUAGCCAUUAACUGUACAGCCGGAACCUACACUCUGACUGACCAACAGUCCAACUGUACCACCUGUCCCACUGGUUAUUACUGCCCCUCUGGUAGCAGCAGCAUUACAUUGUGUCCUGAAGGAUACUACUGUCCAGUGGCCACAGAGUUUGCCUAUCAAUAUCCAUGUUCAAAUGGCACAUACAACAACAUCACAGGUGCGAAGGAUUCCAGUCUAUGUCAGAUCUGUCCUCCUGGGGAAUACUGCCCUACUCCAGGGCUGCCUCUGCCUGCUGGAAAGUGUGCUGGAGGCUGGUACUGUACAUCUGGCUCUUGGUCCAGCCAACCAGCAGUGCUGGGUAACGACACUGGUUCAACAUGUGACUGCCCAGCUCAGAGUAUUGGCGGGAAAUGCCAGGCGGGUACUUUCUGUCCAGAAGGAUCGUCUGCUCCGAUUUCGUGUCUUGGAGGACAUUACUGUGAUGUGGCAGGUCUAGAUAAUGUCACAGGAGAAUGUUUACCAGGCUACUACUGCAGUGGAGGUGCCAUUUUAAUGAACCCAGUCAAUGAGACGUAUGGAGACAUCUGUCCUAAGGGACACUACUGUCCACAAGCCAGUUCUUAUGCCAUACCAUGCUCUGAAGGAACCUACAACAACUGGUAUGGGGCGUAUAAUGUCUCCACAUGUCUUCCAUGUACAGCUGGCAUGUACUGUUCAGGAACAGGUCGAGCAUUGCCUAAUGGUGACUGUGAUGUCGGCUGGUAUUGUCCAGAAGGUUCAAUUGUUCCACAGCCUCCUGGCAAACAAUGUCUGGCAGGGCAUAUGUGUCCGCAGGGCAGUCCCUCUCAGACACCUUGCUCAUCUGGUUACUAUCAGCCUCUUGCUGGACAAGGGGCUUGUACAGAGUGUCCUGCUGGAAAAUAUUGUUCACAGACUGAGGCCAUCGCAGAACAGCAGAGUGGAGUAAAUGCUACAUCCCAUGGCGUUGUACUACCCAAAGACUGCCCAGCAGGAUUCUAUUGUCCUAAUGGGACACAGACUGACCGACAGAACCCCUGUCCAGUGGGAACAUAUAGUAACACAACAGGCCUGGAGAGUGUGGCUGAAUGCACAGACUGCUCUCCAGGGUACUAUUGUGACUCGGAGAACAUCACUGAACCGACAGGACAGUGCUUUGCUGGAUAUUAUUGUGUCCUGAAGUCUUCCUCUCCUACACCAUCACUUUCGGCUGCUGGCGGCCCUUGUCCCCAGGGAUCGUACUGUGAGGUGGGCUGGUCCUACCCCACACCUUGUCCAAAGGGAACUUACGGAGAUAGAGACAAGCUUCCAUCAUUGAAUGACUGUACUUUCUGUCCACCUGGAGAGUACUGCUCAUCUUCCAAUCUUAAUGCUUCAACAGGGUCAUGUUUGGCUGGUUACUAUUGCACAAAUGGUUCAGAGGAGGCAAAUCCUGUUGGUAAAUCAUAUGGUGAUGAAUGUCCAGCUGGCCACUACUGUCCAGAGAAGAGCUACCAACCCACAGCCUGCUCAGCAGGUACAUACAAUCCAAACACCAGAAGCACCAAUCAGACUGCCUGUCUGUCGUGUGAGCCGGGUAAAUUCUGUAAUAGCACUGGGCUUUCUGCAGUCUCAGGUGACUGCACUCAGGGAUUCUAUUGCACUGGAGGAGCCAGUACAUUUGCCCCAUAUGAUGGAAUCACUGGAAACAUAUGUCCAGCGGGCUCAUACUGCCCUGCUGGCUCUCCACAACACCUGUUCUGUCCAAAUGGCACUUACACCAACCACACAGGUGCUUCCUCCUGUUAUGACUGUCCAGAGGGCUAUUACUGUGUAAACAAAGACCGAGCUGACCUGUGUCCACCAGGAUACUACUGCCCCUACCAGACCGGAGCAGAUGUCCAGCCUUGUCCUGCAGGAACCUACAACCCAGUGUCCGGCCUAGCCAACGUCAGUCAGUGUACUCAGUGUGAUGGAGGGAAGUACUGUCAAGUUUCGGGACUGUCAGUUGUCAGUGGAAAUUGUAACCCAGGAUUCUUCUGUACAUCAGGUGUGGACACGGCCAGUCCUGCAGGGAAUAACACAGGCGUGGGAGGAGUGUGUCCCAUAGGGAGUUACUGCCCAGAGGCUACCAUCACUCCGCUACCAUGCCCAGCCGGUCAAUAUAGUGACAGCACGGGUCAGACUAACUGCACCCUGUGUCCUCUGGGUUACUACUGUGUGGAGAACUCAACAGCCUUCUCGGAGCAACUCUGUCCCCCGGGAUACUACUGUCCAAUAGGAACCAGCAAUCCAUACCAGUACCCAUGUCCUAAAGGAACGUACAAUCCGGUCAAUGCCAGCCACUCCCUCACUGACUGUCUGACCUGUCCACCUGGACAAUACUGUGAAACUGAUGGACUGGGUGCCCCCUCGGGUAACUGCACUGCUGGGUGGUACUGCACAGGUGGUUCUUUCAUGGCCCAGCCCACUACCACUGCUAAUCAGACCAACCUCCCAGACUGUACCUGUCCACUGGCCAACUACACAGGUGGGCAGUGCUGGCCAGGUACCUACUGUCCCAGCGGAACAAACUACCCCGUCAACUGUGACCCAGGAAAGUACUGUCUGCAGUCUGGAUUGUCUGCCCCUGAAGGAGACUGUGAUGCGGGAUAUUACUGCAAUGCCAGCAGUACUCGUCCUGACCCACCAGGAAAUGUGUGUCCAGCAGGGUACUACUGUGAAGCAGGAUCAGGAACACCCACACCAUGUCCAGCAGGCACCAUGUCCAACACAGAGGGGAACACCAACUCCAGUAACUGUCUACAGUGUACUCCAGGUUACUACUGUGCUGGAACUGCCAAUACCAAUGUGACUGGCCCCUGCUCUGCUGGAUUUUACUGCCCCGGGGGACAGGACAGUGCCACACCCACUGAUUAUAACUGCACCAUGGGUCACUAUUGCCCUGCUGGUUCAGGACAGCCUGUGCCCUGUGUUGCUGGGUCUUAUCAAGACAGUUUGGGGUCUACAUCAUGUCUGCCUUGUCCAGCAGGAAGUUACUGUGAUCCUCUGGAAGCAGCAGCCACUCUAGGAAUCAAUGGAACAGGUGUGGUGACACCCACAGAUUGUCCCCGGGGUCACUACUGCCCCCAGAGCACCCCCAGCAGUACCACAUACCCCUGUCCUGAGGGGUCCUUUAACAACGGCACCAAGCUGCAGACAGCCAGCUCCUGUCUGCCCUGUUCUGCGGGUUAUUACUGUGAUGCUCCAGGUUUGACAGAACCCACAGCCCCCUGCAGUGCUGGCUAUGUGUGUUCAAGUGGAGCUAACUCCUCCUCACCAACAGAUGGCACCACUGGGUACAUCUGCCCUUCAGGAGCCUAUUGUCCAGCUGGCUCAGGACUGGAAACUAAAUGUCCCACAGGAACCUUCAGAAACCUGACUGGCCUCCAUAAUAUGUCAUCAUGUGAACAGUGCACACCAGGGUGGUACUGCAAUGCACAGGGUUUGACUUUGCCUGCUGGUAAAUGCUUGGCUGGUCACUAUUGUCUGCUGGGAUCCACAGAACAAAAUCCUAUUGGGCAAUCCUAUGGAGAUUACUGUACUGCUGGCCACUACUGUCCCGAGGGAACAGGAAGUCCUGUACCAUGUCCGAUCGGAACAUACCUCCCAAGCACUGGGCAGUCCAUGCAGGUCCAUUGUAUUGAUUGUGCCCUUGGCAAAUAUUGUGACACAGUCGGACAGGCUAAUUAUACCGGUGAAUGUGAUGCUGGUUUUUACUGUGACCGAGGAGCCAAUGUCAGCCAGCCUACUGAUGGGGUUACUGGAGGGGUGUGUCCUGCAGGAAACUACUGUCCCCAGGGCACAGCGGUACCCAUACCAUGUGAAGAUGGUUCCUACAUGAACCACACUCAGGCCAGUUUGUGCGACCCGUGUCCUCCCAGAUAUUACUGUGUUAAUAAGGACAGGGCUGACCCUUGUCCAGUUGGCAAAUACUGCACUGGAAACACAGGCUUUAACUACUCCCUGUGUCCUGCCGGUACAUACAACCCCACAGAACUCCUGAUGGCUGAGUCAGAGUGUAAGCCGUGUGAUGGAGGAUACUACUGUGAUGUCCCUGGACUGUCUAAUGUGACUGCCCCAUGUGCUGAGGGUUACUACUGUCAGAGUGGAGUCGAUACUGCAGCCCCCAAUAAUAACAACACAGGAUUUGGAGGUGGCUGUCCUGAGUCCCACUAUUGUCCUCUGGGAACCACAGACCCUGUCUCAUGUCCAGCUGGGACAUACAAUGAUCUAACUCACCAGAAGAUCUGCAAGUCAUGCGAGCCUGGUUAUUAUUGUGUGGCCAACUCUACCACAUACUUGUCCACACCUUGUCCCACGGGCUCUUACUGCCCUAGUGGAACUCAGUAUUCCACACAGCACCUGUGUCCAGCUGGUACCUACAACAAUAAGACUGGGGCUAACAGUGAAUUUGAUUGUCUACCUUGUACAGGUGGUAAGUACUGUAAUGGAGAUGGCCUAGCAGAGCCCACUGGUGACUGCUCCCCAGGAUGGUACUGUUCAGGUGGUGCCUACUCCGACAAACCCACCGCACAUGUCAACUCCACCACUGUAUACAGUACCAAUUACUCCUGUCCUAUGUAUGCUCUCAACAACACUGGAGGCAUUUGUGAACCAGGAUACUAUUGCCCAACAGGAAGUAACCUGCCCCUGUCGUGCAGUCUGGGUAAAUACUGUGAAAUCUAUGAGCUGUCGUCUCCCACUGGUAACUGUUCUGCGGGCUACUUCUGUAAUGGAACAGCCAGUGUUCCCAACCCCAGGGAGUGUGACAUGGGCUACUACUGCCCAGAGGGAACGACAACACAGGUACCCUGCCAGCCCGGGACAUUCUCAAAUCGCACAGGAAACACUAAUGACUCACUGUGUCUACCCUGCACUGCUGGUAAAUACUGCCAGGAUUAUGGACUGGCCCUGCCGAAUGGAGACUGUUUUGCUGGUUAUUAUUGCCCUGAGGGCCAGGAUGUACCACAGCCCACCACUUACGCCUGCAGCCCAGGUCACUUCUGUGAAGUAGGUAGCUGGAAUGAGACGGGCUGUCCAUCAGGAAUGUACCAACCCCACUGGACCCGGUCAGUCUGUGACAUCUGUCCAGCAGGAUCAUACUGCAAAGCUUUUGGAGACUACGAAGUACUUGAUGCACCAAAUGUGACCUUGACGGGUAACUACACUAACAGAUACAGGAGUUAUCGGGGCGUGUCUGUACCCUCAGCUUGUCCCCCUGGGUCCUACUGCCCGCAGGGAACUAAGGAAGCCAUGGAGUACCUCUGCCCAGAGGGUACAUACAGUAACAAGACCGGUUUGAACAACUACACACAGUGCACUCCCUGUGAUCCCGGCUACUACUGCAGCGGACAAGGUAAUACGGAAUCGGUGACACAGUGCUCGGCGGGACAUUACUGUACAAGUGGUGCCUACAACUCCACCCCGACAGACGGCACCACAGGCAACAUCUGCCCACCGGGCCGUUACUGUGAGGUGGGCAGUAUCACUGGAGUGGGUUGUCCAUUGGGCACCUUCAGUAACCAGGAGGGUUUGAAGAGCAGCUCAGAAUGUACCAACUGUACAGGAGGGUAUUACUGCGGAACAACGGGACUCACAGCAGAGUCUGGUGUCUGCCAUGCAGGAUAUUACUGCACUCUCGGAUCUGAAGAAGCAGCCCCUGUGGGUAAAUCUUACGGAGACGUGUGUCCUGCUGGGCACUACUGUAAUAAUGGCACCCACACUCCAGCUGCAUGUCCCCCUGGCACGUUCCUCAACUCCACAACUAUGGGAGAUAUCAACGACUGCCUACAGUGUUCUCCAGGUUAUUACUGUGAUGGUCAUGGACAGACAGCAGUGACAGCCGAGUGUGCGGCGGGCUACUACUGCACCCUGGGAGCUAACACAUCUACACCUACAGAUGGCAGCACAGGUAACAUUUGCCCAGAGGGGAAUUACUGCAUUCAGGGAUCCAGUAAACCUGAGCCCUGUGGGAACGGAACUUACAUGAACCACACUGGCGCCUCGUCUUGCUAUGUCUGCCCUGCCGGCCAUUACUGUGUCAACAGAGACCGAGCCGACGUCUGUCGCCAGGGUUACUAUUGCCCUGAAGGCACCGGAGCAGACCUUCAGCCCUGUCCCACAGGAACUUUCGGAAACACCACAGGACUUAAUAAUGAGACCCAGUGUACUCCCUGCACAGGUGGGUCUUUCUGUGGCACCCCUGGCUCAUCACAGCCGGACGGUGAGUGUUUGGCCGGGUAUUAUUGUGAGACAGGAGUCGACACCUCCACACCCACAGACUCGGGGGUGCACAAAGGAAUAGGAGGACAGUGUCCUGUGGGAUCGUACUGCCCCAAGGGAUCAGCAACACCAACACCUUGUGCUGCAGGAACAUUCACCAGUGUCAAACAGAAGGGAUCUUGUGACCAAUGUCCUGGUGGCCACUACUGUGUGUUGAACACGAGUGACCCCAACUCCUUCCCCUGCCCUGUGGGUCACUAUUGUCCCCCAGGAACUCAGUACGACACCCAAUACAAGUGUGAUGCUGGUACCUACAACCCUCUGCCCACUCAAAGCAGCUCCUCCGCUUGUAAGCUGUGUGACGCAGGGACUUACUGUUUUGGGGCGGGACUAAGUGCCCCCACAGGGAACUGUAGCCAGGGAUGGUUCUGUACAGGAGGAGCCUCAGAGUCUAAACCACUGCUGCUUGGGAAUUACACCAGUAUAGAUGUGUGUACCUGUCCAGCGAAUAACUACACCGGGGGUAAAUGUCAGCCAGGGUCCUUCUGUCCCGAGGGAUCUUCUGCCCCCACAUCAUGUACGGCAGGGAUGUACUGCGACGACUAUGAACUAGCUACUCCUAAAGGAAAUUGUCAAGCUGGCUACUACUGUCCAAUGGGUCAGACAGAGGCGAACCCUGUCGUCUUCAUCUGUACACCUGGUCAUUAUUGUGAGGAGGGCUCCGGUACCCCUACUCAGUGUCCAAUCGGAACCUUCUCCAAUGCCACAGGAAACAGUAACGUCACUGACUGCAAACCUUGUACUGCCGGAUAUUACUGCGAUGGCCUUGGGCUAGUGACUGAAACUGGACCAUGCACUGCAGGGUAUUAUUGCCCUGAGGGCCAAACUACAGGAGCUCCAUCUGCCUAUGAAUGUCCAGCUGGAUCAUAUUGUCCCACAGGAAGUGCUCUACCAACCAUAUGUCCAAGAGGGAAGUACAACCAUCAGAUGAACCAGGCCACAUGUCUAGACUGCCCUGCCGGUAGAUACUGCGACCCUCACGAGAACGGCAAUGUGACUGGUAUUGUGACCCCUGCCAGCUGUCCGGCUGGGUACUAUUGCCUCCUGGGAACAGGCUACAACAUGACCUAUCCUUGUCCUUCAGGAACCUACAGCCCAUCUACAGAGCUUACUGCUUCCAGUGCCUGCAGUUCCUGUGACCCAGGAAAAUACUGCGAGACUCCAGGCCUCGUCGCCCCAGAGGGUGACUGCGCCUCAGGUCACUGGUGCAUGUCGCGUGCCAACACCUCCACACCAACAGAUGGGACGACAGGAGACGUGUGUCCACAAGGAAGUUAUUGUCUUGCAGGCAGCUUUAGAGGAACUUAUUGCCCACAAGGCACAUUUGGCAACACGACAGGCCUGAGAUCAGCCAAUGAAUGUAUUGCCUGUGAGCCUGGGUACUACUGCCCCACCCAGGGACACGUGAAGCCCUAUGAUCAAUGUAAUGCUGGUUAUUACUGCUCUGGGGGAUCUAUUGAGGCCAAUCCAGUGGCUCAGACCUAUGGGUAUGUGUGUCCUGUGGGACAUUACUGCCCUCAGGGAACUCCAGUCCUAGUGCCAUGUCCUAAAGGAACAUACCAACCGGGUACAGGAAAAUCGCUGUUAUCACACUGUGUGGAUUGCUCACCAGGCCGGUACUGUCUAGAAGCUGGUAAUGACACUACAACGGGAGAUUGUCAAGCAGGUUACUACUGCACUAGUAAAGCUGAAAUCCCCAACCCAACAGAUGGAACAACAGGAGACAUUUGUCCUGUCGGCCAUUACUGCCCCACUGGAUCCCCGAGCCCAACACCUUGCAGUUCAUCCACAUACAUGAACCACACUGGUGCAGCAUCAUGCUACACCUGUCCCCAGGGCUACUUCUGCACCUCUGGUAGCACUGCUGACCCCUGCCCUCAGGGAUACUACUGUCCUGUAGGAACUGGCACUGACAAGAAACCAUGUCCUGUUGGUACGUUUGGGGCUACAGACAGACUGUCCAAUGAGACGGAGUGUACCUCCUGUACAGGAGGCCAUUACUGUGACUCUCAGGCCCUUACCCAGCCCGCUGGUGGCUGUAGCGCAGGUUACUACUGUGUCUCAGGUGUAAACAUUGCCUCCCCUGCUGUGGCUGGCACCUUCCUAGGAGAUGGAGGGGUGUGUCCCCCUGGAACAGAAUGUCCAGUCAACUCCAGCUACCCAACACCAUGUGCACCUGGAAAAUAUGCUCCAAUGGGGACCACAGCAGCAUGUAGCGACUGCCCAGCAGGAUACUACUGUGUGAAUGCCACUGUUACCCCCACCAUCUGUCCAGUGGGACACUACUGUCCAAAGAACACAGAGUUUGAUAAUCAGUACCCCUGUCCAGCGGGAACAUACUACAACUUAACAGGAGCCUUGGCUCAGACAGACUGUGUGGACUGCCCUUCAGGACAGUAUUGUGAGGGGACAGGAAAUGUUUACCCCACAGGGCACUGUGACGAGGGAUUCUGGUGUGGAGGAAAGUCCUUCCAAAGACGACCGUAUGACACAGGCAACCUCACCGUCAUCAAUGGCACCACCAAUGACCUGUAUUCCAAUGAUACCUGUGCCCCACUUUGGGGAUGCGUGUGUCCAGCUUUUCAGAUGACCAGUGGAGGAAUCUGUCCAAUGGGAUACUAUUGUCCAGUUGGGUCCUCCCAGCCCUCUGCUUGCACCCCGGGCAUGUAUUGUGAGACCCCAGGACUGCCUCUUCCAACAGGCAACUGUAGUGCAGGCUGGUAUUGUAACCACACCAGCUCCACUAAGUACCAACAUAUUUGUCCUGCUGGUUCCUACUGCCCGUCUGGAUCAGACAUUCCAACACCGUGUCCAGCUGGAACAUACUCUGGUCUGGACAACAAUGGAGCUGUAGGCGACUGCCUCAAUUGUACAGCCGGCCAUUACUGUCAUGGUUUGGGAAACACGGCCCCCACGGCUCAAUGUGCGGCGGGUUACUAUUGCCCGGGGGGUCAGGAUACCAGUACACCUUCAGGACUGGAAUGCUUUGCAGGCCACUACUGCCCCCAGGGUUCAAACUAUCCCAUCAUGUGUUCCAAUGGAACCCAUCAACCAAAUCCAGGUCAAGAUGGCUGUCUAACAUGUCCAGCUGGAUAUUUCUGUGAUUCUGCCUCAGGAAAUGUGACCUAUGUGAAUGGAAACCCUGUGGUGAAUCCUACAGCCUGUCCUACAGGAUAUUAUUGUCCUGAAGGCACAAUUUCCAGCCAAUCCUAUCCCUGCCCUAUUGGUACCUUUGGCCCUAAUCAGUAUCUGUUUGCCCAGGAGAACUGCACGUCUUGUACCGCAGGUUACUAUUGUGAGCAGGCUGGGUUGUCUGCCCCUACUGGAGAGUGCUAUGGAGGUUUUUACUGUACAGGUGGCGCUGAAGUGGCAGAACCUGUGUCACACAAUGUCAAUAUGACCCAUAAUGUCACCUUCACUGGAAAUGACAGAUGUCCCACUGGAUAUUUCUGUCCCAAUGGAACCAGCUAUCCCAUGCCCUGCCCCAUAGGAACCUUCUCAGAGGUGCGCCAGGUAUCCCAGGAGAGUGACUGCCAGCCCUGUAGACCAGGGAGGUACUGCAACCAACAGGCCUUUACCAUGAUUACAACUGCCCCUAACUGCUCAGCAGGGUAUGUGUGCACAGGUGGAGCUACCAGUUAUAUCCCCACCAUACCAACUCAUGGAUACAUGUGUCCAACUGGUCAUUUCUGUAUAGAGGGUACCACACAAGAGGAGGGUUGUCCUCUCGGGACUUACCAGUCCAAUAUGGGCCAGGACCACUGCCUCAGCUGUCCAGCUGGAAAAAUGUGCACAGAGAUGAACUUAACACUGCCUUUGGAUUGUAAGACAGGCUACUACUGUUUGGCAGCCCAGGACCCAAUACCUUGUGCCAAUGGUACCUACAACAAUGUGACUGGAAUGAGCUCCGAGUCAAGCUGUGUGGACUGUCCUGUGGGGAAAUAUUGCGAGGGGCUUGGCAACAGUGUCCCCGAUGGUGACUGUGAUGCUGGCUAUUUCUGUCAGGGUGGAGCCAACAGCAGAGCUCCUUCACCCAUACCUACGUACCCUGACAAUGGCCUGUGUGACCCAGGGAGAUACUGUCCAGCAGGGACCAGCAUGCAACUGGAGUGUCCUCCAGGGACUUUCAGAAACACAUCAGGUGCCGCUGCCUCCACCGAUUGUCUCCCUUGUACCGGGGGUUACUAUUGCGCUGGUAGUGGACUGACCUCGCCCACUGGUAUGUGUACUGCUGGUUACUAUUGUCCAGACAAUGAGACCAUCUCCUCUGCCACACCCUCUGGAUUUGAGUGUCCAGUGAACUACAAGUGUCCCACAGGAUCCGCCAAACCGGAACCUUGUUUGUCCGGAGAGUACCAAGCCAAUAUGGGGAUGUCUGUGUGUAGCAAAUGUCCAGCGGGAUACUACUGCAAUACCACUGGAAACGUGCCCAUCAAAUACGACUGCCCAGCAUACCACUACUGUCCAGAAGGAACCACGGAUCCCAUCAACUGUCCAGACGGAACCUUCACUUUCGCCAACAUGUCUAACCUGGAGUCAGAUGGAGAGUGCCUGCCCUGUCUGCCUGGAAACUACUGCAGAGGAGGGCAGAUUUCCAGCGAGUGUUUAGCGGGUUACUGGUGUAAAUCUGGCUCAAGUAACAAUCUAGUGAACAGAACCAUGGAAUUCCAGAACUGCUCUGCUAAUCAAGACUGUUCAGGCUUGUGUCCAAAGGGUAGCUACUGCCCACAGGGUGUGGACAUACCCCUUCCCUGUCCGGAACACACCUACAGAGACACGGAGGGGGCGGAGACUCCUGAUCAGUGUAGCCCCUGUCCUGCCGGAUUCUACUGCCCUUCAGGUACCUACAAUCCUGACCCCUGUCCCAUUGGCUACUACUGUCUGGAAGGGAAUGGGACCACAGAGUGUCCCAGGCUGCGGUACAGAAAUGUCCCUGGAGCCAAAACCGAGACCGACUGCUACCCCUGUGUGGCUGGAUAUCACUGUAACGAAACAGGUAUGGCUGAUUACUCCACCUACCCAUGCCCACCUGGAUACUACUGUCUGUCCGGCCAGGAGCCAAUUUUGUGUCCUGCGGGUCGAAUGAGAAACAGCUCAGGAGCUGCUGAUUACACCGACUGUGAUCUGUGUCGUCCAGGUUACUACUGUCCCAAUGACACCAUUAACACACAGGGUAUCCCCUGUAGAGGUACCUAUGAAUGCCCGACUGGUUCUCCCAUUGAGAGCGACUGCCGACCUGGCCACUACUGUCCGCCUGUCACUGGAACUCCGCCCAUCUGUCCUCCCGGCUACUACUGUCCAAAUGCUACAGAGACUCCCAUCUUGUGUAUAUACCCAUUCUAUUGUCCAGAGGGUAGCAAUAUGACCUUGGCUUGUGACCUUGGAUACCAAGCAUUGACCCAUGCUGGCAUUAGAUAUGACAAAGCAAUGUCAUGUAGAAUCUGUCCGCCUGGGUAUUAUGGAAAUUCCACCACAAGAGCCACAUGUGAGCUCUGUCCAGCUGGAUUCUACUGCCCUGAAGGAACUGGUCACGGUAACACAAAUCCUUGUCUGAUUGGCACCUACUGUCCAAUAGGCUCGGACCACCCCACAAACUGUCCUGCAGGAUACAGAGGGGAGAAACUGCGAGCUGAGAGUUUCUACGACUGUCACGGCUGUCCAGCGGGUACAUACAGCGACACAGAGGCUGCCACUCAUUGUAAACCAUGUGGAAGCUCAUCCUACUCUACUGGAAACAGCUCCAUUUGUACUUGCCUUGGGAAGUACCGGUCAUUCCAGAAGUCGGUGGGAUCGUGUGUGUGCCUGUCUGGCUACAUCUAUUACGACGAGACCGACACUCAGCAGACGGAGGAAAACAGCGACGAGGAUUGCCAGCAGAUUGUGGACACCCGGUGUACGGAAUACGAGGUCAGGCUGUCCUCCACCAGGCAGUGUGUGCUGAAGGAGAAUGUGGAUUGUAAUGCAGGAUGUGACUCGUCUGGAUACCUGGAUGUAGAACUUGGAGUGUGUCUGUGUAAUAACUUGAUAGCAGCAGACUCCGUUUGUGAUGCCGCGUGUCUGGCCACAGCACCAGCAGUGAGAGCCGAGCUACAGAGUGAUGGAACACUGCAAGUUCAGAUCACCAACUCCAGCGGCCAUGUUGUCAAUACAAAAACUAUGACGGACAUGUUUGGUCCAUUGGAGAGCACUAAUGGUGUAAAAGAUGUGUUGAUUGUCAACUUCUAUAAUGACCGCAUCACUGCUUCCAUCUUCAGGGAUCAGACAGAAACCAAUGACCUCUUCUUGACAACACAAGAGAUGGCCAGUGGAGUUACUAACGCGCCUGGAACUCACAUCGGCAGACGUCGUCUGUUGGCCACCUCUGUCCCCAACAAUCAGAUCUCCAACAGCGUUUUGUGUCUGGAACUCAAUGAGAUGGUCAUGUUUAAGGUCUGGAUCAACGACACAGACCGCACCAAGAGUCAUUAUCCAGUAUAUCUGAAGGACCAUAUGUUUAGCAAUAACCCCAACUUUGACUACGGACAGUUUUUGGCUCUGAAGAAUUUGAUUGAGACUACCAAUGUUAAUAUCUCCACAUUUGCCUUCGUCUUCACAGAAGCUGGAAAUUUCGUCUUCCAGGACUAUUCAAUUUCCACUUCUCUAAUUUACAUCAAAGUAAUGAGUACUGGCACCACAUGUGGCACUGGUUCAAGAGUGCAGGCAGCAACCGCCUCUACCCUCGUGUCACUUGGAUUCUACAAAUCAAACCCCAGCAAUGUGGCUCCAGACUGGGGACUUAUUAUUGGGAUGAUAGCAUUCUUCGGGUGCUUGGUCUUUUUGCUUGUGGUGGCUGUCAUUGUCUGGAGACCCAAGGAUGCUGGAAUAUACCCCAUGAAACACUGGAAACCUGAGUAUCGGAGCCUUGGGGCACCACCUCCGGUACCGUCUUACAUGAGAUACGAUGUGGGACACUGGCCUGACAAAGCCAUUGCUGGCAGUGGCUUAGGAGAGCGAUUGACGGGUGAUGGAGCAGAGGCUGAUGUUCUGGACUUAAUGGUUGUCAAAGGGAAGGAAGACCUGGAUAAUUUCAAUGUGAGAGUUUUCUAUGACAAGUUGGAAGAUCAGAAUCUACACCUGGCAUCUCAGUUGGCCAAACAACAAGAAGACCUGAAAUCUUUCUACAAGAAGAUCUGCGAUCAGAAUGAAGAGCUCAAACAUCUGCUGAAAAAUCUGGAUCCUGACAAACUGGAGGAGCUGGAGAGAAAGAUGGGCGAGCGGGCCAGGAGAGAGGAGGGCAUGCAGAAGGGCGCAUCAGACGUCUUCAACAUUGUCAACGGCAAAGUCAACAUGGGAGGAGGAAAAUACAGAUUUGCUGGUGGAAACAAUAGAGAGGCGGAGUUGAUGGCCGCCCUACAGCUCCUCCUUGAACAACUAAACUCUGGCAACCUUCCCAUCAGUCAAAAUGUGUGGGAGCAGAUCCAGAAAGGUGGGGUAAUGCCUGAUGGUGGGUCUGUUACCAACAUCAACAGGCUGCCUGGAGGCCGGGGCAAACAGGGUGAGGUACUGAGGAAACAGAGAGAGGAGAGAAUGCAGUUGGAACGAGAAUUGCAGCAAGAAGAGAAUGACAUGGUAUCAAACUUGGUCUCUCACACGGAAGAUCAGCGGAAAGACACUGUCAAUAUAAUGGCUGAUGGGCUUGCUGGCAAGCUCCAAGGUGACCUUAAAGAUUCUCAGGUCAAAGACAUAAUGGACAAAUAUGAAAAAGACCUUGAUACUAAUAUGAACAAGUUCAAUAUGGAGAAAGAGAAACAGUUACAAGAUCUGAGAAGGAAGCUAGCUGAAAAGAGGAGACGAAAGGAGGCCCAGCUGAGGGAGAAACACAAGCAAGAGGCUGAGAACUCGGGCAUUCCACCUCCUCUCGAAGAAGAUGACCAUUCAGCUGAGAUUAAGAUACAACAAUCUGAGGCCAUGUAUGAUGCUCUGCUGGCAGAGGAGGCUGCUGGGGCUGCCAAAGGGGAAGGGGAAACGGACCACCAACUCAGUGAAGAGAAGCGCAGGAUGGAGUCUGAAAAACUGCAGGAACAUCUGAAUCAACUGGCUCAGAAAGGCAUCAUUACUGCUCAACAGAAGGAUGAACUUCUCAGAAAACACCUCGAAGCAGAACAAAGUCUGAAGAAGGUCCAUGACCUUCAGAGGGACACCCAAAUCUCCCACCUCAAAGACAAGCUGGCAGAUCGACGCAAGAAAAAGCUGGCCAAACUUCGCGGCCAACAGGAACAAGAACUUGCUGAUCUCUCCUCAAAACUGAUUCAAGAUGGAAAUUCUGAAGAUUUGGAGCAGGAGUUGGAAAAACUGAAACGUCUUCAGAAACUACAGAUGGAGGCUGCUGAAGCAGAGCUGGAUGCUGAAGAAAAAGAACAUGAGCGGCGCAUCAUAAAGAAGGUGGAUGAUGAUCAUGAUCAAGCCAGCAAGAGGAAACGCAAUGAAAUAUUCAAACAGGUUGCUGACCAGUGUCCAGAACAACAGCAGACAGCUAUGCAGCGUCUGCUUCAUGACUAUCACCAGGACACGGAGACUCUUGAACAGGAGCUCGCUGUACAGAGGAGCCGACACAUGGCAGACCUUCAGGCCAAGCUUGCUGCCAGACGAGCUCGUAAAUUGGCUGAAUCCCAGAGGAAACUGGAUGAGGAAGAACAGCAGAGGCUGAUCUCUGAACAGAACCGCCAGAUGCAGCAGGGAGGUGUUGUGGAAGAAGAGGAAAGUGACCUGGCCCAUGUUCCUAAAGUUCAGUACAGUCAAUCUGUCGAAGAGCAGGCUCUCCAGAAGGAACAGGAGAGGAUAAAAGAAGACAUGAAGAAGAGACAGAAGCAAGAGAGGGAGAAGAUGGCAGAAAGACUUGAUGUAGAGGAGGAGAAAGAAGAAAGGGUGUUGACCAAGGAGCUGAACUCUGAGAAAGAAAAACUCCUGAGAGAGAAGAGAAACAGACAGGCCACAGAGCUGUCCUCAAGGAAGGAUCUAACAGAGGAACAAAUAAGAGAUCUUAUGGCAUCACAUGAACAAGAACUUCAAGAUCUGGAGGAGAAACUAGAAAACGAAAGACAUCGACAGUUCCUGAGUAUGAGAGAGAAACUUAACGCCAAACGUAACAGAAAGAUGGAUGAAUUGAGGCGUAAACAAGAUGUGGAAACCACGAAGGAGAUGAUUGAACAGAAGAAAGAAGUAAAUGAAAUCAAACUGAAGAAAGCUAAGGGUGUUGAACAUGGUGCCAUUGUGGAAGGAAUCAAACAGAAUGGUGAAGAAGACACAGACAAAGUAGUGAGAGCAGUGCUGGCCAAGAGGCAUGCACAGGAAAUGCAAGACCUUGAGAACCAGUUUAGGACCAAACGGAAACUGAUGGUAGAUGACGCACUCAGUAAGCUGUAUGAGAAAUAUGACAAAUUGCGGGACAGUCUGGCCAAGCAGCACCAGGAAGAGUUAGCUGCCCUUCAGAAGAAGGGUCUGAGUCCUGAAGAAUACCAACACCAGCGAACACAGCUCCUGAACAAACAACAGCUGGAAAUGGCAGACCUGGAGAGGAGACUGUCAGAAGAGGAACAUGAUAUAGAGAAAGGGGCACUGACUGAUUGGGAGGUUCAGUAUGCCAGGGCCAAAUUAGACCUUAAGGAGAAACACUAUAAGGAAUUCGCCGAGGCACUGAAGGAAUUUUCACCAGAACAUGAAGGCAUUAAGGAUGCUCAACACAGUAUUGAAGAACUGGAAAGACUCAAACAUGAGCUGGAACAAAAGCGCAAGAACCAACUGGAUGAGGCCAAGAAAGAACAACAAGAAUUUGAAAAGAAUGAGAAAAAGCGUUUGGAAGCAGAAAUGGAUGCUUAUGCAAAACAUCUUGAAAAAGAAACUGACCGAGAGAAGGAGCAGCAAAAUCGCAAAAUUGAGCAGCUCAACAAACGCAAAGAGGACAUGGUCAAGGAAAAGAAACAGAAAAUGAAUGAGGAACUUGAGAAGAUCAGGCAGCAGGGCGCCAGUGAGGAUGAGCAGAAACGAUUGAUCGAACAGCACGAGCGUGACCUUCAGAACAUACUCAAUAAGAUGGAUGCUGACAAAAUGAGAAUGCAGAGCAAUCUGCAGGAGAGGCUGAAAAAGAAGAAGGAGGAGAGACUCAAACACAAACAGGAGGAACUUAAAGAAAACUUCAAGGACCAGAAACGAGAAAUAGAGCAGAGACAGAAGAGUGAAAUCAACAGGGUUAAGAAGGACGAGGCUUUGACCAUCCAAGAAAGCAUCAGUUCUGGCUAUGUGCCACCUCGUGCCUCUUCACCACCUCCAGAAGACCAAUCCAGCAAGGAACAAAGUGAAACAGUAGCACCACCUCAAGAACCAUUGCCAACUUCCUACCAGAUGGCAGCACCUCUAAAUGAGGCAGAGCUCAUGUCACUGCUGAUGGCCUCACCAAUGUAUCAGAAACUGGAACAAAUUAAAGAUGCUGUCAAAAAUGGAAUAACUCCACCAAAACACAAAAUGGAACCUGGUGAAGGCUAUCAAGACACCAGAGAUGCUGAGUGGUCCAAAGACACAGAGCUGGUCCCAGUUGACAUUGGAACACUGAAUGCUCGCUCCUUCAUUGUGUACAAGUUUGGCUGCUUUGUUACUGACUUGGUGUCAUCUAGGUGUCACCAUGCACCUGUCACUAUCCUCCUGGCAGACAAAAUUCCAUCCAACAAGAAUCUGGCCAGGAAUGCCUUCAGGAACUCCUUCCAUUAUGAUGCCAACAACAGGAUUCUGUAUGUCAGAGUUGCCCGACUGGACACAGUGGGAGAUUUCAUUGUAGUGCUGAUCCAUUCCCUUGCUCACAUCAAAGCAGGAGACCUUAGAGAUGACAGUAACCCUGACUUCAUCAAGGAAUACAAUCGAGCUUUGGCGGUUGUCUGUGACGAUCUCUUCUUUGCACGAUACAGAAGAACGACGGGGCUCUCCCAGACCAUUGCCAAAUCCACAGGAGUCAAUGUGGAGCAGGCAGCACUUCAGCUGUUACAAGGAAUGUUUGGUGGCUGUCGUACAGAGGAUGAGAAAGUCAAGAUGGUGGAUGAUCUUCUAGAUGUGAAACUCCUGCCGGGAACAAACAUGGAAGGUGUACACUUCAACAAGGAGAGGUUGAAUGACAGAUUAUCCAAAUACUCUGGAUUUAGCAACUUAAGCCAGCUGCAAAGUAUGCUAGGAAAAAUGGAAGACAAAAUGGCACAGGCAGUGUCUCAGGGCAGUUCUCGGGGAUCUGCUGAACAGUUGGGUACACUUAGUCACCGAUUCUCCACUUCAGGUUCUUCAGUCCUCAAUAAAUUGCCACCAUUCCGCUUUGUGACUGCAAACAUGACAGGACAGGCAUUAUGGCAGACGUUUGUCAACCAUGAAGAUGGUGAAGAGGAGAAUGUUCCCACAGAAGACAUCAUUCAAGACUCAUUGGAAACGCUACAAGAACGCCACGACAAAUUGACAGCAGACUUCUCAAACAUCAAUUCUGAAAUCAUUGAACUACAAGAUCGGUCUCGCUCACUGGAAGAAGAACUUGCAGCAGAAACCAAACUCAUGGAGACCACAAAGGACAAAGAUAAGCAUGCUCAGCUUGCACAAAAAGUGCGAUCUAAACUCAAUGACACUCGAGCAAGAAUUGCCAGACUUGAGAUGGAGAAAAACCUAAUGGUUAGAAAACUUGCUGAAUGUGAGAAGGAUAUGGAAGUCAAGAGACUUGGGCCACAAAAAAGUGAAGACAAAAAUGUGACAUUUUCUGUAGAUGCUAAGAAAAAAUCAAAAAAGUGAAUCUUCCAAACAUACUCAAAAGACACUAGUUGUUAAGUUUUGUACUUUUGAUACUUCAAAUACUUGAUCUAGAACAAAUUAUCUUCAUCAGAUUGAAGUUGAAAUUUUAUCCUUCCUCAGUGAAUUAGAAGGGGGGAAAAUGCAUGUCUCAGAUGAUAUGAUACCAUUGUUAUUGUUAAUAUCUUGUUUUUUAUGUAGUAGAAACAUAACUCGCAUAAUAUUCCAUUAUUAAAUUUAUAAAUCCCUGAAAAUCACAAGUUGAUGACACAAAAAUUCUUUCUAACUUUGCUGAAAUUUCGACACAUCACAGAAAAAGUGAUAUGAUUCUAGUAGGAAGUUAAUUUGACUUGGACAUUUUGUUCCUUUUAUUGAUAUGAUUCUAGUAGGAAGUUAAUUUGACUUCGACAUUUUGUUUCUUUUAUUUGUGCCUAACUUUUCUCAGUAGAUAUAAACAAUACAAAUAGCCAUUACUCCGUCCAUUGAAACAAUCUCCUCAUGAGAACACGUAUUGUUCCCUUUUGUAUAAGAUAAGACUGUGAUAUUUUAUAUGUAGUGUAUUUUGAUGGAUAAAGUUUUUUAUAUAUAUAUAUUCUUGUUAAAUAUUCCAUUUCAUUCAUAGAAAUCAUCAUCAAAAUUUCUCAUGGAGAAUUAGUUUCAUUUAAUAUAGGAGAUCAUGUGUUACAAUGCUAUUUAGCCAAGACUGCAAGACAUGUUUUCAGCUAUUAGUUCUGUGGUUUUGAACUGAGAUUGAAAAAUUCUUAAUUAUAUUUACUCAGUUGCUUAUCUUUGUAUUUUAUGACUUUUUCUAUUGAAGUUUUACACAGAUUUGAUUUGUGCAAUAUAUGAUUUGUUUGUCCAACCAAUCAUUUCAAUGUGAAAAUUUACUCUGUCCAAUAUAUUUGUUUGAUGUUUUGCUUGCAUUCCAGAAAAAUUCUCAAUAUGUAAAAAUCAAAAUGUAAUCUGCGUGUAUAUUUCCUCAUGCAAGUGCAAUUGGCUUUGCGAAUGGCUUAAUGAAUAUUGUUAUUGUUUUCUGAUGCAGUUUGUGUAUUUAUUUCCUUCUAUUGUUGUUGACUGUUAUCGGAAAUCAACUCGUCAUCAUCGUUAACAAUUUUGUACAUACAUACUACAAGUCAUGUUUCCUCACAGUGUUCAUGAACUGCAUUGAAUUCUUUUUAUAAUAAAAUAUUUCUUUCAUCAUUCA